GUUUUAUCUGGCUACUCCAUGUUCAAUCACAGCCUGGAGAAAUUAAAAAAGAGUCAUAGACCCACCUUUCUCAUUCAGUGAACUGCAACUGAGUUACACAUCCUGCUUUGAACAAUAUGUCGUAGUGCUUAGCAUCCUGGCUACUUAUUAAGCUAUAUAACUUACUAUUGACUGCUAUUGGAAACAAUGGACAGCAAUCAUUUUUCUCCUUAUGGGACAGGGUUAACGCCUCAACCACAGUUACAGAGUCCAUUGCUCUCCCCUGGCAUGGGCUUUAAUCCUGUUCUCCCACCAUCCAAUGCCAGCUUGUACAACCCAGCAACCCCCAACCCUGGGGGACCAAUGACACCUUUCUCUCCUGCUACUCCAGCCUCAGAGGGAACAUCAGGCAUCAAACCACAGCUGCAAAAUAUUGUAUGUACUGUGAAUUUGGCUUGUAAACUGGACCUGAAAACAAUUGCUUUGAGAGCUAGGAAUGCAGAAUACAAUCCCAAGCGCUUUGCCGCUGUCAUCAUGCGUAUAAGAGACCCUCGCACAACUGCCCUGAUAUUUAGUUCUGGAAAAAUGGUUUGCACAGGAGCUAAAAGUGAAGAUCAGGCAAAACUAGCAGCAAGAAAGUAUGCCAGGAUUGUUCAAAAACUUGGGUUUCCGGCCAAGUUUCAAGAUUUUAAAAUUCAAAACAUGGUGGGCAGUUGUGAUGUCAAGUUUCCUAUACGACUGGAAGGGCUAGUUUUAACUCAUGCUCAGUUUUCAAGUUAUGAGCCAGAACUUUUCCCUGGUCUCAUCUAUCGGAUGGUCAAGCCUAGGAUUGUUCUACUCAUUUUUGUUUCUGGCAAAGUUGUUUUAACAGGUGCCAAAGUAAGAUCUGAAAUUUAUGAUGCCUUUGAAAACAUUUACCCAAUUUUGAAAGGCUUUCGAAAACAAUGACACAGUUUGUUUUAUCUGCUGACAUUCAUGUUGUAAAUUAUGCUGUAUUUUUAUGUAAGAUAAGAGAAAAAAUGUAUAACUGAGUUACAAUGCAGCAUUUUGCAUGAUUUUUGUUUGACAUGUUAAAGAUAUUUUUACUUUGCCCUUUUGCUUAAAAAGCUUCCAUCAACCAUUAUUAAAACUAAGGUAGUGUUAUAUUCCCCUCAUUGACAUUUUAUUUCUUUGUACAUUAGUUUUUAUUCAUGAAUACUACAUUGGUAGUGUUCUGUUGGUUUGCCAUGUAUUUAUUGAAAUAGUGUUUUUUUAAUGUUCACAAAUUAUGUAAAUAUUUAUCUGAGCUCUAAAAGUGGACCCACUAAAUGAGCCAUGUUCAUUUUUUUCAAUUUUGUAUUACUUGUCAAAGAUUGUUGCACAAUAAAGUUAUGACUUGUUAA